AUGGACAAAGACGAUAUCGAGUUUGAGGUGCCUGAGCUGGCAAUGCCGCAGCCCCUCGGGCAAGGAAUGCCACUUUUAUCGCCAAUUGAGAAAAGAACAUUCGAUGUGGACGCAUUUUUGUGCUCUCGCACAAUAGGGCAGGAUGUGCAUGCGAUUGUCAAAGAGCUUCGGACGUACAGGCAAACACUCCAAGAGAAUCUCGUGCUGAUAAUAAAUGAAAAGUAUCGAGACUUUGUAUCACUUUCAACCAUGCUUCAAAGGGAAACCGAUGGAAUUAUUGAGUUGAGUAACAAAGACGGGCUUUCAGAAGUGCAGAUGGCUCUUGAAUCCAUGCUUGCUACGAUGAGACAAACCGAAAUAGAUAUUGAGUCACUUGGACACGAAGAGGAGGCAAACAUUCACGAACGACGCUACCUAAACAUGCUUUUGGAUAUUGAUCGGACUGUUCAUGAUCUAGGGCACCUUUUGGGUAUAACGACCAAUGAGGAAUCUGAUCACAUGGUUCCAUUAGGACGCAUGACCCUCGACGAACUGGCUGGGUUCGACGUCGAUGAGCAAGAUGAUUUCGAGCAAACAUUCGAAGCAGGAAUAAAGACUCAUCCUCUGACGCUGUUUCAGAGCAUGACAUAUGCAUACCAGCGGUACACGUGGCUCCAGCAUUUGUUAGGUACCGUCGACAGGGAAAAGGCGUGUGGGAACUUGUUACGAUUGGAACCUUUCCUCAAGAAAAUAUACUCGCGGCUUUUUGAUCACACAAGAUUGCUACAUGAACAAUCAUUUGAGCAGCCAAAAGAGCAGGCAUGUGAAUCGCUCAUUCUUGCGCUCCGAUUAAGCUGUGAGCUUGGUGAAUCAGCUGUGGAGGCUAUGCUCCGCCGCAUAUCCGCGCAUGACAUUGAGCCCAAGAUCGAGGGUUGUUUCGCGCCACCUGAACACACGCAUUCAAAGUUGUAUUUUCCAUUUGAUGCAAAUGAGCCAGUACAGCUUGAGACUCUCACGCAUCUCAGUUGGGACAAACCAAUAAUAUCAAAAUCAACGUCUGAGCUGAUAAGAACAUACAAUGCACUCUUGGAUGCUACAAAAGAAACGACUGAUAUAUUUGACGCGACCGAGCGUGUGGGUGGGAGUAUGAUGGACGCAUUUAAUCAUUUAUGGUGGGAGAAAGUCUCGACGGCAAUCGAGCAGUCGCGCGGAUCACAGCUUUUCUUCAUUGGAAAUGCAGAUGAAUUUUAUCUCAAUUAUACCAUCACACAGGCGUUUCUAGAUGAGCUUGAGUCACUUGCGCCUUCGCCCCGUGCAGCCAAAGCAUUUCGUGCACAUCCCAAGACAGUGGCAUUACAGCGCCGCUGGGCUUUUUCGGCAUUUUUUCAGUUACGCGCGCGUGAGCUUGUGACGUCGCUAGAACAAGAUCUGCAAUUUACAAGCACACGGGAUGUGCCAUCAUGUGAGACUGAACCACAGAAGAUAUCGACGGAGUUUUCUCAUCCUGGCUUUCGCAGUCUUCUGCGCACAUUUGCUGCACCUUGGUACAUGACGCGGCAUUUCCCGACCUUGAGCGCGCGUGAAUGGCGCUUAAGUUUGCAUGUGCUUUGUCGAUACCGCUCGUGGCUCAAAGGCCAAAUUACAUCGUUGUCGGUUAGUGAGCUUGAUAUUGAAAUACCCUCACACACAGCCGCAUCCACUGCACCGAACAACAAUGGCUUGUCAAAUGACGAAGUCAACGCACUGCGUAAUGCUGUGGGCUUUCUAGCAGAUAUCCGCUUGUUUGAGGAGCGUGUGCGGGCUGUUUUUGACGCUUACAUUUCGCCGAAACUUGUUCGAGAUGCUAAAGGAUUAAAAGAAGACGCUGAUGAUAUGCUCAAAGUCAUUAGAGAAGCAAUGGAAGAAUCACUUGGUGCAUAUAAUUAUACAUUACCGGGUGUCUCGGCUUUUAUGCUGCAAAUACUGCGAAAACGAUGUACCGAGCCACUUCGUCAUGUUCGCGCGGCAAAUUCACAGUACCGCGCAUUCUCACGCGGGGCACUAGAAACCCAAGCUAGCACAGAGCCCAGCAUAUUUAUCCCCAUGAUCGUACUGCCUCUUCGGCAGGUAUUUGUUGGUGAUUCACAAUCUCCCAUACGAAGGCUUCCGAUGGAACAAACGGUAGCAUGGAUUGAUGACGUACUUGACCAUGUGUUCUCAAGGUACACAACGGCAAUUGAUACAAUCACUCGUAAUCUCGAGUCCUUGCGCCGACUUAAGCGAGGCACACCAGGCUUAGCAUCCGACGAAGCUGCCUCAGACAAACGGGUAUAUGCGCAGCUGUCAGCGGACAUAAGGUCACUCGCAGCCCAUGUCGAGGAAUUUGCCCGUGAUGCCGAACUGCCAUUACGAUUAGAGUCGCCCGCAUGGCAGGCCCUACGAGAUUCUACACAUCGAACAUAG